AUGGUCCACGCAGUACAUUCACCACCGUCGAGGCCCAUGAGCACAAACUCCUGGUCCUCGACCUCCGUCGCACCCGCCGACAGAGCCAUUCCCGUGUCGUCCACCUCGCACCCAGACAAUCCCGUGCCCGAGGAACCCCGUGGUGUACGCUCCUUGUCCGUGACCGACACCACCUUUAGCACUUCCUCUCCCUCAUCACACGAUACCGAGACCACCGUUGGUUCAGAGACUCCGUCCACGGAACUGACGGAGCCCCAAUCCGAUGUCGACAACGUUUCCCGGAAGCCUUCCGAGGCAGACAAUGGAGCGGCCCACAGACGUCGAGCAUCCACGGUGCUCAUCUCGCAGAACUCCGAUGACAUGAGACGGGUAUUGGAGUCGGUGGGCAGUGCCGGUACGCAAAAGAUCCAGCCGCUCUGCUGUGGCGGUGGUUGCUGCAAGAGUCAGCCUCUGGGCAAGUUCCCCGUCACCGGCGUCAACGUCGUCACGCCUCCGGAUAACAAGGCCUACAACGACCUCAACCUGAAUGUAGAACUCCUCACUUUGGAAAGCGAGCUCACCGGUGUGGAGGAGCUCCCGGAGAAGACCGUGUCCUUCUCGAGCAUUCCGGCCUCGGCCGUGGAUAUGGAGCUGGGUCCGGCCGACCACCCGCCGCCGUUCGUGCAGCCCCAUCCGCCAUACCAUGUGUAUCGUGCGCCUCUGCAUCAUGCACGUGAGCUCACCAAGCCUGGUGCGGAGAAGCGCACAUAUCACUUUGAUAUUGAUGUGACCGACUACCCGGCCGAGAGCGGCAUGGUCGACUUUGUCGUGGGUGGGGCCAUCGGCGUGUGCCCCAAGAACAAGGAGGAAGAGGUUGAGGACAUCCUCAACCAGCUCGGCAUUCCCAAGUCGAUUCGCGACAAGAAGGUCUCGGUGCGGACCACCAAAGGCCGCUGGCCGACCAUCUGGGGAGAUGACCAGGCGCGCGAGCUGAUCACUACUCGCCGAGAGCUCCUGAGCUGGUGCUCCGAUAUCCAGAGUUACGCACCCUCCAAGAGUCUCUUCCGACUGCUCGCCGAGUACGCGAGUGAACCCAGCGAGAAGAAGAUCCUUCUCUUCCUGUCCUCCGCCCAAGGCCAAGGAGCCUUCUGCGAUCUCCGCACGGCCUCCCACGUCACCGUGUCCCAGCUCCUGCACGCCUUCCCCUCAACGCAUCCCCCGUUGGACCACCUUCUCUCCGUCCUGAACACCUUGAUGCCGCGUUUCUACUCCCUGUCCCAAGACCCGCUCCUCUCCUGCUCCCGGAAGGGCACCGGUUGCCGCCGCUUGGUUGAGGUGGCCGUCUCGGUCGCCGAAUCCAAGGAUUGGAAGGGCGGAUGGCGCACCGGCGUGGGUUCCGGUUACCUGGAAUCGUUGGCUCGUAAGCUCAUUGACGCGGAGCAAAAGGGCAUUGAUCCCAAGACCCUCGACCUCCAUGUCCCUAUGUUCCGGGGUCUCAUGGCCAAUCCUCUGGCCAAGCGUUUUGCAUCCGACGGCCCUAUGCUUCUUAUUGGCGCCGGUGUUGGCAUCGCUCCCUUCCGUGGAUUCGUCCAGCGUCGGCUGCAGUCUGCCAACUGCGCCAACAAGGUCUGGGUGCUUCAAGGGGUGCGUGACUCCCUGCUGGACGAGCUCUACCGCGGCGAGUGGGGCGUGGAAGAGGAAAAGGUGCGCACGGUGGUGCAGAGUCGUCGUGGUGAGAGUAAGUACGUUCAGGAAGAAGUCCGACACCAGGCCGAUCUGGUCUGGUUCGUGAUCAACGCUCUGGACGGUCGUGUCUUUGUCUGUGGCAGCGGCAAGGGCAUGGGCGAUGGCGUCGAACAAGCUCUGGUGGAUGUGGCCAUGGCCAAGGGGAACCUCAACGAGGAGGAGGCCAAGUUGUUCUGGGAAAACAAGAAGGAAGCUGGACAAUACAUUGCUGAAACCUGGUAA